AUGGGCAUGUCCCUGAAGAAGAGCCUGCGCCUCUCGCGCACCCUGAUCAAGGGGCUGGGCAGCCAGCAGCGAUCGCACCUCUUCGCACCCUCGCACCUCUUCCGCUACUUCAACAUCCACGUCGACAUCAACCUCCACCUCACAAAACCGAGGCCCGUACUGGAGGGCGACGUGUUCCGCACCACCCUCGACGAAGUGCUCAAGGUGGAGCAGACCCGUCAAAACAACACCUCUAAAGGCGCGGGAGGAACACAGGUGCCGUACAUCCUCACGUGCCUCCUGCGGGCCAUCCAAGACCUGGGUGGGCUCGACUGCGAGGGCAUCUUCCGCCUUUCGGGCAAGCAGACCGAAGAGGAGAACCUCAUCAAUCGGCUAAACGAGGGGUCGUACCACAUCGCCAAGGGGACGGACCCGCACGUGGUGGCCUCCGUGCUCAAGCUGUGGCUCAUGAGCCUCAGCCAGCCGCUCAUACCCCCUGGCCUCAAAGCGGCGUGCCAGGAGGCCAAGACCUCACAGGAGGCGCGGGAUCUGGUGGACGGCCUGCCACCGCUGCAUGGCGACGUGAUCGACACGAUCCUCGACUUCAUGCACACCAAGCUGCUGCCGCCCAAAGUGGUCGAGCGGACCAAGAUGAGCCCCGAGAACCUCGCCACCGUGUUCGGGCCGUGCAUCUUGGCCAUGGGCACCGGCCAUCGCGACCUCGCCUCGACGAUGAAUGUACAGGAACUGCUGGCGGACAUGAAGCUGCAGAAGGACUUCACGCUGCUCCUGAUGGGAUGCGGGCCGAAGAAACGGGACUUGCAGGUGCCGCCAUUGCCGCUGCCCAUCGCGCCGGGGGGCUGGGUGGCCGUCGGCCGAAAGCGGGGCUCCGGAACGCCCACGCCCUAUGAGGGAGCAAACAGCCCCCUGGCCCGGUCUUCGCGAGAGCGGCGGGGUGGCGGCGACGACGAGGGAAAGGACACGGGUGAGGGUGCAGAGUGA